AGCUGCUUCGUAAGUGUUAUUGCCCUAAAAUUAAUCUCUAAAAUGCCCAUUAUUUAAUUUAACUUUUUCGAUAAAUGUAACCUUCAGCAAUAAUCUGUGUUUGAUGGUUCAGAGUCGCCUGGAGAGAGCCAUCAAAGAUGACUACAGCUGCAAGACCAACAUUUGAGCCGGCAAGAGGAGGGAGGGGUAAAGGAGAAGGCGAUCUGAGUGCCUUGUCCAAGCAGUAUUCCAGUCGAGAUCUUCCGGGUCACACCAAGAUCAAGUACAGGCAGCCUACUCAGGAUGCUCCUGAGGAGGUGCGUGCCCGUGACUUCCGCAGGGAGCUGGAGGAGAGGGAACGCGUCGCUGCACGUGAGAAGACCAGAGAAAGGGGGCCAAGGGAGCACACCACAUCAUCAUCAUCUUCAUCGUCAUCUUCAAAGAGACCCAGACUGGAUCAGAUCCCAGCAGCCAACCUGGAUGCUGAUGACCCUCUCACUGAUGAUGAUGAGGAUGAGGACUCUGAGGAGGAAAGUGAUGAUGAUGACACUGCAGCUCUUCUGGCAGAACUGGAGAAGAUUAAGAAGGAACGAGCAGAAGAACAAGAACGCAAAGAGCGGGAGCAAAAAGCAGAGGAGGAGAGGAUUCGUAUGGAGAAUAUCUUGAGUGGCAAUCCAUUGAUUAAUUUGGCAGGACAACAACAGCAACAGAUGACCCAGAGUCAGAAUACGUUCAGGGUCAAGAGAAGGUGGGAUGAUGAUGUCGUGUUCAAGAAUUGCGCCAAAGGAGUGGACGAAGCACGGAAAGAAAAACGUUUUGUCAAUGACACACUGCGUUCUGAGUUCCACAAGAAAUUUAUGGAGAAAUAUGUAAAGUAAAGGACUUGCGGAGUGUAAAGGAGUGUGUCUUCGUUUUAUUGUUUUGUUUCUUUUUAUCUUAUUUCUCUGGUCCAUCCCUCUGUCCCAGGAAUGGUGUUGCCAUUCAGACACAUAGUGUAUUCAAAUGCAUUAGUAUUUGUAUACAUAAAAUGUUGUAUAUAAAGGAGUUGGUGAGUUACUUCAUUGGAAUAAAGCUUAUGAAAAGUGGAGUGAAAUUGCUAAA